AUGGAAUCUGAUCCUCGGUCUACUCUCACACUUCCGACUGUCUACAUCACCGGCCACAACGAGAAGGGCGAAGCAAGAGUGCAGAGCUCAACGAAAGAAGAGACAGAACCAUACCCCAACUUACGUACGAGCGGAAGGAUUGUAUACACAACUUCAAAGUUCCCGCCUGAGUUGGCUGGCGAUGAAGACAUAAUACUUCAUCAAGCAGUCUUGGAAGGGGGAAAGCUUGGUCUUGUCAACCUAGGCGGAACUGUUUGUAGGAUCGUCAACUUUGGACCAAAAAAACAAUGUCAUGAUGCACAGAACACAUAG